AAACACCAGAUAACCCAUCCAACAAGAUGUCCACCCGCGAACACUCCUCUCACCGACAUCCACGCUCCCACCAAAGAAGCGACUCUCGCACUCGCUCCCGCUCCCCAGACAAACACAGACGUCACCACCGCGAUCGCGAUCGCGACCAUCGUCACCAUCACAGAAGCCACAAACAUGACCGUCACGAACGCCGCCCAGAACCAUCGACGAAACCAGUCGUCCUCCCCUUUCAAGCACGAGAGCUCUCCAAGCGCGACCUCUCUACCUACGAACCCAUGUUCGCCAUGUACCUGGAUAUCCAGAAGGGGAUUCUCCUAGAAGAUCUCAGCGAAGACGAAGUCAAGGGAAGAUGGAAGAGCUUCAUCAACAAAUGGAACCGUGGAGAACUCGCGGAAGGAUGGUACGAUCCGAGUACCCUUGAGAAAGCGCGCCGUAGUGCCCAAGACGAACCCAUUAUGUCUGCUUCCGGGCGGCACCGUCAAUCCCCGGACUACGGCCGGGGUCAGGAUGAAAGGGUGGACCGGGAGGUGGAGGAUAAUCCCGACGAGGACGAGGAUGAUUAUGGGCCUGUUCUUCCGAAAUAUGGCCAGAUAGAUCGAUAUGAAGGUGGUCGUGCGGGACAGUCGUCCGGUCCGACUAUUCCUACGAUGCAGGAUCUGGAGCUGCGGAAAGAAUCGGCGAUUGAGGAUGCUAUUGCGGCGCGAGAGGACUCGCGGACACAGCAUCGUGCUGAGGUGCGCUCACAUCGGUCUGAGUUACGACAUAUGGAAGAUGAGGUUGCGCCGCGGGCGGAACCGGGGACUCAUGAGCGGAAGAUGGAGAAACGUCGGGAGGCUGCUGCUGCGAAUCGAGCCUUUGCUGAGUCCCGACGGGGUGCUUCUCCUGAUGGAGCCCCGGAAGAUGAACUGAUGGGCUCCGCGGACAAUGAUCUGGAUGCCAUCAAGAGAGCUAGGGCGACAGAGCAGCGAAAGAAGAACGAGCGGGAAAUCCGGAGGGAAGAAAUACUCCGUGCACGCGCUGCGGAGCGAGAGGAAAGAUUGCAGCAAUAUCGCCAGAAGGAGGAUGAAACAAUUGGAUGGCUUAAGACGCUGGCAAAGCAGCGGUUUGGGUGAUAAUCUGAGUUUCUUUCUGCGGCUCAAAUUUCUAUUGUACAGAAGGAUGUUCUUUGUCAUCAUAUCUACUGCCGUGCGUCAUGACAGUUCACCUAGAAUCAAACAUAUAUUCAGCACAAAUUACAGUGGUACACUUUUACUAUAUUGCCAGCAAGUCUUGCCUUGAAUCCUGCGCGGGAACGGAACGGAACCUUGCAUUUAUGCAGCAGUACUAAUACAUGAGUACAGUACUAUGUUCUCAGGACAGGGAAUGCUCUGCAGGCCAAUAGUUCUGGAAUGUGUCUCGAGGUUAUUCGCGCUUAUGGAUUACAUCGAACAUGAUUUUUAAAUAUUAAUGAAGGCAGCGACACUAUUUCAACCUACAUUGCCUGUCUCUGUCCUCAUUUCAUGCUGCAUCAGUACAC